UUGUCAAAAGAGAAGGAGGAGUUAGGUGAAGCGAGGACUUGUGGUUGUAGUUUGGAGGCUCUCGGCACGGUAGGACAUUCCGUACGGACGCCGGGCGACGAGCGCAGUACAUUUCAGCGUUCCGACAUCGUUUUCUGCGAAGGAUUUGCGGUAGUUCCCGUCCCAGGGGAUCCGUGGUGCGACCCGAGACGGAACGGUGCGCUGGGAUUUGUGUUCUUCCGGUGGUUGGGGAGAGAGAGCGAGUGAGUGCCGGUUGGGAAAAAGUUCACAACAAGCUGGAAAACAUGGUGGACUGCACGACGGAGAACGAGCUGACGAUUGUCUCCGACUCUAGCUCGGAGUUCUCGGAAGACGACUUGGAAUACGGCGGCGGUGGGGCCGACGGGGUCCUCAAAGUGUCGUCCAUGACGAGUAAGGACUUGGAGGAGCGGGAUCGAAGUCUGAGACGCCGCUCUUCAAGGCGCAGGAAUUCGGACCGAGUUCGUCACAAGCGGCAGGUUAUGCAAGACAUGGCGCGUCCGCUGAAACAGUGGCUCAUCAAGCACAGGGACAACCCUUAUCCAACCAAAACAGAGAAGAUCCUGCUGGCUCUGACGUCACAGAUGACGUUGGUACAGGUCUCCAACUGGUUUGCCAACGCGAGGCGGAGGCUGAAGAACACGGUGCGAGACCCUGACCUGAGUUGGGGCAUGCGCAUUAAGCUGUACAACAAGCACGUGCAGGGGAACGCGGAGCUGCUGUCCAUCAGUUCGGGCGAUGACAGUGACGAGGAUGACUUCGGGGACUCGGACUACGGCGAUCACGAUGGCGGCAGCAAGGGAAAUCUCAUCAUCCCCCACUUUAAAGGAGACCGAGACGAGAACAGCAACAACUCGUCCCUGCCCCCCUCCCCCACCGAGGACUUGGACCACAGGUACGCCAUCCCGAGGUACCCGGACAGUGGCGAGGAGCCGAGCUCCCCCACCAAGUACAAGCACAGCAUCCUUCAGCGGUACCUCAACGACUCCUUCCAUAGCACCGCGAGGAGGAACGACAAAUCCGGCUCCCUCAGCUCCCAAGAUUACGAAGACCUGUCGGAAUCCGCUCGGAGCUUCCGAUCGAGCUUCGGGAGCGACGGGAGCGUCCGAUUGAGCCCGACGAGUGAGGGCGAGCCGCGGUCGUCUCCAGUGUUUGAAGAUGAGGAGUUGCACUGGAAGGAGAUAGACGCGGCCAUGGCGCUUACAAGUCUCGCGAGAAGUCGCGGCUGUCCGUGAGGAUGACGUCACGUUACCCACAUGUGUGACGACUUGCUGAUUGGUGCGUGAGAUCACCUGACUGAGGCCGAAUUAUGUAAAUACAACGAACUGGUCUAGAAGACGAUUACGCAGCUCGCGGACCAAUGACGAUUCUUGCUUGAAGAGUCAACGUGACUCGCCAGAGACUGCCAAAUGUCGACGUCUUUUCCAAGGACCAAGACUUCAUUCCAAGGGUUUUAUUUGGGGAACAAAUCAGCUUUAUUUCCAUUGAACGACCAAUAUCUGGCGUCGGUGGAAAAGUGGGACCAAAUUUGAGCAGACGGAAUAACGUGCCUUUGCCAUCAUUAGAACCACUAGGAUUGUAUUCAGAUGAAAGAAUGCCUACAUAUGAUUGGACACAACUUUGGACUGAGAGUGAGAGGGCAGCGGUGAUUGGUUGGUGACUUAGCGAGGAACAAGUUUGAAAGAUGAAAUGCGAUGCGAUUGGUUAUUUGGACGAACGUUCCGUGACGUGGCUGUGUGUCAUUGGUGACUGGAGGGACAAGGUACAAGGGAUGACGGAAAAUCGGCCGCGCUGGCUCGCGACCUAAACGUAAACAACAACACAGAAAACUGGUUUGUUUUCCUCAGCCACCUUUACUGACAGCUUGGUCUUCCAGAACAAACAAUAUUCCAACUCAAAUACCUUUCCAAUGGGAGUUUUAUAGAGUACUAACAACGGUUUCUCGCCAUAUUGACAACUACUGGCUGCCUCUGUACAAUGCUCGUCGCUUGACUACAAUAUGAUAUUCUCUUUUUUCUGCAACCUUUGUUCAAGUUCAUCUUUUUUCCUUGUAUAUCCUCGACGAAUACUGCCGAUUGAGCAGUUCAUACAUAAAAUUUUAUGUCAGUACUUGGUCGAAACUACUAGAAAUAAAGAAGGGUGGAUUUGAUCAGUGAUGGCCAAUAAUGUGCCAUACGUACAACUUAAUGUUAUCUACCAAUCACGAUCGAGCGAUGGUAUCUCAGCUACCAGAUCCCGAAUGAUCCACGCUAAGUUUCUUGUUCUCGUUUCUUCGUUUGAAUAUCUCUUUUAAGUCAUGUAAUUUCCGCCGAGAUUAUUUAUGUUUCAUUGAUAUUUUACAAGAUGUUGUCUGGCGUGUUUUGUGUCUCAUGUAAACAACGAAAUAAAUAUUGGGGUUUGAGUUUCAGUUUCAAU